AUGUAUGAAUCAGAAAUUCAAUUCUAUCCUUCCCGUCCCCCUCCGCCUGUCUCAGACGUUCCUUGGCUGAAAAAGAGGUAUCCCUCCGCCGGGGUCGUCACCCCCGGGGUGCGCGCAGGCGUUAUCCCUGCUGGGUCAGCAAGGCCGCAGGUGGUGUCUACGGUGGGGGUUGCCCCCUUCGGCCGUGGCGGUUCAGGGGCCUCUUCCCGCCGUGGCGACGGUAAAACCCCGUUGGCUUGAAGCGUUAAGCGACUCGUCUCCUUUAAGAGGGGGGGCGGGAUUCCUGUGACCUCUCUGUAGGCCCACCCCUUCCUGGUUGCCAUAGCCACUGUCUGCUGGCGUCCUAAGAUGGCGGCUCUUCUCCCAGAUGUUUUGUUUGAGGCGCGCGGACAAGCCCCGGCGCCGAGCAAGGACUUCUAUCAGCUUAUGGUGGAGCGAAAGGGUAUAGUUUAUAGAUGGUGGAAAAUUUCUCUUCGAAGUGAAUUUCGUGAAGCAAGACCUGGAGAACUCAGAGAAUCUCAUGAGGACUUUUUGGAUGACCCUUCUCUGCAAAUUCAAAUAGCCUAUAUCUUUGGACCAGGAAUUCUGGAUCAUGUCUUCAAUCUGUGCCAGGGUAAAUUUGAUUUCCUGGCACGACUUCCUGACCAAUUGCUUCUGUGCAUCAUGGCCUAUUUGGAUCUUGAAGAUAUUUCCCGGCUUUCUCAAGUAUCUCACAGAUUUGAAAGGAUAUGCAAUUCUAAUGAACUGUGGGAGAUGAUUGUGCAAAAUAUGUGUGGGCACAUUACUGAAGAAAUGACGGCACUGGGUCGUGAAAUAGGCUGGAAGCAGUUCUUCUUCACUAAUAAACUUCAACUCCAGCUCCAGCUCCGAAGGAGGAGACAGAAGGAAACAGACUGAACAGAAAGGAAUAAAGUUAUGUUCUUCCUAGUGGCAACUGUUAUAAAGUGGAGAUUUGUUC